ACGAAAAUAACACAAAAAUGGCGACUCAUUUCCUAACCUUUGGUUAGUUAUCGUCAGAUAUUGAGGACUGUGGAUGAGCUAGGGAGGGGAACAUGCCUAGCGAGGGUUCCUCAGACGUAUCUCUUUCCGCUGUUCAGUCAGAACUUUAUUUCCUAAUCUCCCGGUUCCUCGCAUCAGGACCAUGUCAGCGGGCUUCAGAGGCAUUGAGGCAAGAGCUGAAAGAACACCAGCUUUUACCAAAAAGAGUCGACUGGGAAGGCAGACAACACGAAAGAAGUUAUGAAAAUUUGGUCAAUCUUAAUCGCCACAUAUCUUCAAGUCACCUUCUGCAAAUAUGUCAACGUCUGGGCCCCCUCCUGGACAAAGAAAUCAAUUCAUCUGCAACAGGGUUACAAUCCCUUUUAGGCGCUGGAAAACAGUCCCUCUUGAGGACCAAAGAAUCGGUGCACCAUCCUCGAUGGCGACCCGAAAGGCAUUUAGCUACCCAUCAUCACCGAUCUUUACUGCCACCUGUAAACCUUGUGGUUCCCUCCCUUGGUCAUGUGACGAAGGCCCGAGAGAUAACGGGACAGAGUCGGAUGGACCUCAUCUGUCCCAUCUUCAUCUUCACUAAAGUGAGCAUGCAUGCCAGGAAGCUGGGGCAUCUGUCAGCUGUGUACUGUGUGGCCUUCGAUAGAACAGGCCAGUAUAUCUUCACCGGAGCUGAUGAUGCCCUUAUCAAGAUUUGGUUUGCUGCAAGUGGGCGACUGAUUGAUACACUCAGGGGACACAAUUCUGAAAUCACAGACAUUGCUGUGAAUUUUGAAAACACAUUACUAGCCUCUGGUAGCUGUGAUAAGAUCAUUCGGGUGUGGUGCUUAAGGACCAAAGCUCCAGUAGCUGUAUUACAGGCCCAUACAGGAAUGAUUACCUCACUACAGUUCUGUCCUCAGGCCAGGGGAGAGUAUCGUAUACUGUCCUCCACAGGUGGAGAUGGCUGUGUUUGUUUUUGGACCUGGAAUGUUACCACAAACAAAUUCAAUCCAAAACCAGCCAAGUUUAUAGAGAGAUCACGAGCUGGAGCCCAGAUGUUGUGUUCGUCCUUCAGUCCAGGGGGUGUGUUUCUGGCCACAGGAAGUGCUGACCAUGUGAUCAGAGUGUAUUUCCUGCAUGUCACAACACCAGAAAAGAUUUGUGAAUUGGAAGCUCAUACAGACCGUGUAGAUAGUAUCUGCUACAGCAACAGUGGUGAGAAAUUUGUCAGUGGAAGUAGGGAUGGAACAGCUCGGAUCUGGCGCUACGAACGACAGGAAUGGAAAUCUAUCGUUCUCUCAAUGUCAACAAAACUCCCCAGUUGUCCAAAAUCAGAGACGGAAGACAAGGGACAGAAGCCACGCGUCACUAUGGUCGCCUGGAACCUAGACGAUAACUUAGUAGUUACGGCUGUUAAUGACUGUAGCCUCAAAGUUUGGGAUUCCCACCAUGGCAAGCUAUUACAUGUUUUAAAGGCCCACGAGGAUGAGGUGUUCGUUUUAGAACAUAGUCCUACGGAUCCUAGAAUCUUCCUGAGUGCUGGACAUGACGGAUAUGUCAUCAUCUGGGACCUCAACACUGGCAACAAGAUCAAAAGCUACUUCAACAUGAUUGAGGGCCAGGGACAUGGUGCUGUGUUCGACUGUAAAUUCUGUCCCGAUGGAAACAGCUUUGUUGCCACAGACUCUCAUGGACACCUGCUACUGUUUGGAUUUGGUUCCAACGAAAAAUAUAAAGAGAUACCUCAGGAAUUGUUCUUUCACACCGACUACCGUCCAUUGAUGCGUGACAGCAAUAAUUACGUUUUGGAUGAGCAGACACAGCAGCCUCCUCACCUCAUGCCGCCUCCAUUCCUGGUUGAUAUUGAUGGCAAUCCUUAUCCUCCAAAAUUCCAGAGACUUGUCCCUGGCAGGGAGCAUUGUAAAGACAACUUACUAGUACCUCAGAUGGCUGUUAAUGAAACAGGGGACCAAGAGGUUGUAGGGGAGCGGGUGACGGAGGAUAAUGACGAACAACUGAUGCCCCCUCCUGUGGCCCCAAACAACCUAGAUAGCCUCAUCGAGCAGCUGCAGCGUGAACAGGACAAUCGUUUGGCUGCAAGAGGUUCUCAACGGGUGGCAAGGUCAAAUUCAGCGAGUGGUGGCAACCAUGCUCACAGGGUUGGAAUGAGAAUGAGUGGAGAAACUGAGGGAGUGCGGCAGUCACUAGGCAACAUCAACCAGCAGGCCACCCAGUCUGACCUCGCUGCCUGGAGUAGACGCAUCAUUGUCAAGGAGCUCCACCCUUCUGUACUCUCGAGUUGUGAAGAAAUGAGAAUGGCCCAUGCUGAAAUUGAGGCAAAGAGGUUUCUGGCGGAGAGAAAGAAGAAACCAUUGUAUUUCCACCAUCAAGGUGAAGUGUCCACCCCAGUGACUCCACAAAACAAAUCUCGGCGACGUCCGAGGGUUGGACAACAUUCAGACACCACAUCACCUGAGAACGAGGAAACUGCCACUAACAGACUCGCCACACGGGCAUUGUACGAUACAGAGGAGGAGGAGGAUGAGAAUGACCAGUCAGGGCUAUGGAACAGUAGUAGCGGCAGCGAGUCCAGUGACUACUCUGACUGGGUGGGCGACAACAAUACCACAAGCCUACAGCCACCCAAGCGUACCUCUCUCCGGCGACGAAAACAGAGACGUAUGACAUCAUCAGAGGAAGAGGAGGAGGACCAAAGUGAUACAAACAAUGACACAACGACAACUCGGCGACCAAGACCUCAGAGGAAAAAACCAGAACCAAAGGAGAAGAAACCAAAUAAAACAACAAGGAGACGACAGCAAAUAGUAAAAAAGAUGGGUGGGGUUGAGGAACUUCCAGAGGAGUUCCGUCCCCCAGAGUGGCUGACUGACACAAAACCGAGGAAGACGCCAUAUGUUCCUCAGAUGGGAGACGAAGUGAUGUAUUUCCGACAGGGUCAUGCACUCUAUCUACAAGCGGUCAAACGCCAUAAUGCCUACAACGUCAACUCUAACAAGAACCAGCCAUGGAACAAGUAUCCUCACCUCAGGGAACAAGAGUAUGUGAAGAUUGUUGGGAUAAAAUACGAAGUCCGUCCUCCCCGCCUCUGCUGUUUGAAGCUGGCCUUCAUCGACCCAGAGACGGGCAAAACUUCCGGGGGUUCAUUUAAUAUAAAGUACCAUGACAUGUCUGAUGUUAUAGAUUUCCUUGUGCUCAAACAAACAUAUGAUGUGGCCAUGAAACGGAGAUGGAAAGCAAAUGAUAGGUUCCGGUCUAUGAUCGACGAUGCAUGGUGGAUGGGAACAAUAGUAUCACAGGAGCCAUUUCAACAAGAGUAUCCUGACAGCAUGUUUCAAUGUUUCAAUGUCCACUGGGACAAUGGUGAGAUAGAGAAAAUCAGUCCCUGGGAUAUGGAACCAAUAGGAACAUGUCAGAUGCCAGAUGAACAGGGAGGAGGUGUGCCUGUGACCCAGGAAGAGGUGAAGUCGCUGAUGUACACACCCAAUUCAGGGGAGUGGCCGUCAUGUGGACGGGACGCAGAAUGUGAACGUAUUAUAAGGUGUAUGGAGGUGGUAAUGGAACAUUCUAUAGCGGAACCUUUCCUCACACCUGUCGAUCUCAACGCAUUCCCUAUCUACGCUAUUGUUAUUGAAUAUCCCAUAGAUCUCACCACCAUCAAAUCCAGGCUAGAAAACAGAUUUUACAGGAGAGUUAAUUCCCUACAGUUUGAUGUACGGUAUAUCGAAAACAAUGCCAACACCUUCAACGAACCAGGGACACCUAUUGUGAAAAGUGCCCAGAUGGCCACAGAAAUACUACUUAGAAUCAUCAGUGAUGAAGACUGUAUAGACCCACAUUCCAUCAUAUCGGGGUUGUGUCAGGGUGAAGAGUUUAACUGGAGCUCCACAACCUCCGACAGUGACCGGGAGGAGAAUAGUCAGACCAGAAAACGCAAACGUGGUGACUCUGAUACACCGCGGAAGAGACAGAAAACUGAGCAGCGACACAAGACUAUUAAUUCGUGGAAGGAGGAGUGUCUUCAACUACUGGUCACAAUGCUCCACUGUGAGGACUCGGAACCUUUCAGGGAGCCUGUCAGUGUCGUCAACUAUCCUAAUUACAACAGUAUUAUUGACGAGCCCAUGGACCUAGGAACUGUCAAAGAGAACUUAGAUAAUGGAGAAUACUCGGACCCAACGGAACUAUGCAAGCACAUUCGACUGGUGUUCCAUAACUCUAAAGUUUACAACACCAACAAGCGGUCCAGGAUUUAUACUAUGACUUUAAGACUGUCAGCUAUGUUUGAAGAACAAAUAAAGGAUAUUGUGAUUGACUGGAAAUCUGCUAAGAAACGGAUGUCUCGAUCCAGAAGUAUGACAGAAAAUUCACGAUAUACAGAGCGGCGACUAACCAUCAAUAGUCUGUCAUCUGAAGAUUUACACGAUACAAGUAGUGCCAGACCAGGUCCCUCAUCAUCAGGACUGAUGUCCACACGACGGACUCAGCGCAUGCUCAGCUCAUCCACGACUCAAGCUGAUGACGACGAUGAUGAAGAAAUAGAGGUAGAUGUGGAUACAUCUGGACCGAGUACCCGAUCAUCACAUUCAAACCAUGUGGGAAAACGCACACGAAAAUCAGGGCCUAAAAAGACUGAGCCCAACCAUUAUGAUUCGGAGACGGAAGUAGAGAGUGAUACAGAGGAAGAAGAGGACAUUCAACCCUCAAAAUCCCAACGAAUUCGUCCUUCUAAAGCCUCAACUUCCAAACAAACUCAGAACAAAGUCAAAGGUAAGAUGUCGGUGACAUCAAAUGGCCAACACAAGACAAGAGCAUCCACAGGAACGAUCAAACCUAGGCGGUACUGUGUUGAUGGAUCGUUCACCGAUGAUGAAAAAUCAUUGUUAAAAACUGCAUCACCAUCACACUCAUCUUCAUCCUCAUCGUCUUCAACAGAAGUUGAAUCUAAUGACAGUAGUUCAUCAAGUUCAUCUUCAGAUUCUGACUCAUCGUACAAUAGCAUGGAUGCCAAACCCCAAAGACCGACUAGAAGAAGUAAACAUGUUAGGCCCUCGGUCAAACCCAGGUUAAAAGCUUCUGAUAAUGGAUUUGUGAUAGAUAGGAACAAAAAGAAAAGUAAUAAUAAUUCCAAAGUGAAAAAGACAAGUAACAGUGCUACCUCAUCUCGCCGAUCAAAAUCAUCUGGGACAGUUCAACGAACGACCAGAAAUCAAGGUCGACAGACUGUGAGAUACCAGGAGGACAGUGAGGGUGAACCUGAGGAUUCUCGGGGUCUGGAGGGGUCAGGGUCAGGCACUGACUCGGACUACAGUGUGGGACAUGAAAGGCCUGACAUCAGUACUAGUAGUAGGGGUCGUGUCAGGAAACUCACAGCCCGGGCCAGGGCAAGUCUCAUGGGGGAAUAAUAAUGGGUGUGGAUAUCAGUGAGUCCGGUGUGUCAUAAUAUACAUGUAGUGCUUUUGUUGAUAUUAUAUUUGAUAAUUAUGUACUGGGUUGAAAUACUGGAAAUGCUAUUGGAAUUUGUCUGGAAACCUUAAUGCUUUAAGGAGUAUAAAACAAAUAUGAUUAUAUAUAUCAAUCAGAAUAAGGAUUGUGCCAAAAAUGCAUUUACCAAUAGUGAUGGACAAUGUCCAGCUAUACAGAAUUAUUCAUGUUGUGAUUUUUCUUCGAACCAUUUUUUAUACAUACAAAGAAAAAAGUAUCAAAUUCUGCAUUGCUAAAUCAAAGAAAGUAGUAUCUAAUUCUGCAUUACUAAAACGUGUUUGGGUAUAUAAUGUUCCCUGUAAAUAUUGCUGAAUUGGUAAAGCUAUAAUAAAUUUUAGAUGCUGGUAUCAUUAAUGAACCAACCUACUCCACCAGAAGACUGAUCUCAUCAUAUGUAAUAUGUGUAUCUUGGUGCCAAUGUUAUGGUCCAGUAUGACUGUAGGGAUAUCAUCUUUUAGUGUUCAAUGGCAAACUGUCAGAUUAAAUUUGUUUAUAGAGACUAUGGACAAGCAAUGAUAAGCUUGUGUGCAACGAAGAAUACAUAUGUAUACAAUCAUUUGUUUAUGUGUAGAUUUGAAUCUAGGCCAACAUGCUAAUUAUAGUGCAAUGGUUUGUUGAAAUUUUAGUAAGUAUGGUGUUUCAGAUGAUGUGUGGAAAUGUGAUUUAGAUAUGAAGUUUGCAUGUGUAGCAUCAUGAAGGAUACGUGGAUAGGAAGCAAAAUUUUGGAAAUUAUUAAAAAUAUACUAGUUGAAUUUUAGCUCAUGAGUAGAAUUAUUUUAUUAAAUAUGUUUCCAAGUGAAUUUUUUUAGAGGUUUUAAAAUAAAAUAGAUGGAAUAUUACAUUAAAUGACAAACUAAAGUGAUUCUAAAAAGAGAUGCCAUGAAAUGCUCUAAAAGGUUGCUAUCAAAUUGAAUAGGGGUAGGUAGAGCUGUCCAGAUAUUGUGUGGUACACAAGCUAAAGAGGUGGGUGGACCUGUCCAGAUAUUGUGUGGUAUGUAAGCUGUAGGGGUAGGUAGAGCUGUCCAGAUAUUGUGUGGUAUGUAAGCUGUAGGGGUAGGUAGAGCUGUCCAGAUAUUGUGUGGUACACAAGCUAUAGAGGUGGGUGGACCUGUCCAGAUAUUGUGUGGUACACAAGCUGUAGGGGUGGGUGGACCUGUCCAGAUAUUGUGUGGUACGUAAGCUGUAGGGGUGGGUGGACCUGUCCAGAUAUUGCGUGGUACACAAGCUGUAGAGGUGGGUGGACCUGUCCAGAUAUUGCGUGGUACACAAGCUGUAGAGGUAGGUGGACCUGUCCAGAUAUUGUGUGGUACACAAGCUGUAGGGGUGGGUGGACCUGUCCAGGUAUUGUGUGGUACACAAACUGUAGGGCUUGGUGGACCUGUCCAGAUAUUGUGUGGUACGUAAGCUGUAGGGGUGGGUGAACCUGUCCAGAUAUUGUGUGGUACAUAAGCUGUAGGGGUAAGUGGAGCUGUCCAGAUAUUGUGUGGUACACAAGCUGUAGGGGUAGGUGGACCUGUCCAGAUAUUGUGUGGUACACAAGCUAUAGAGGUGGGGGUCCUGUCCAGAUAUUGUGUGGUACACAAGCUGUAGGGGUGGGGGUCCUGUCCAGAUAUUGUCUGGUACACAAGCUGUAGGGGUGGGUGGACUUGUCCAGAUAUUGUCUGGUACACAAGCUGUAGGGGUGGGUGGACUUGUCCAGAUAUUGUGUGGUACGUAAGCUGUAGGGGUGGAUGGAUCUUUCUAGAUGUGGUUUAUAAGUUAUGCCAUUGGGCCCUGCCAAGAUACACAUGUGUUCAUAUUGCUCAAAAAAGAAUAUUCCAGAAUGUGUUUUUGUGUAUCUUUAUGGUCAUAACCCAAGCUCUUAAAUAUAGAGACUGUUUUGAUGUAUAUUUAUGUGGACUUUGAUGUAUCAAAGAGCAACUUAAUUUCAGUAUGGCCUUUUAACCUAUCGCUGUAGAUUGGUUUGAGAAGGUUUAUCAUGCCUUUGAUGUACAAACAACCUUCAAUAUUUCGUUGUGUAUAUCAUAUAUGAAAUCUCCAACAGUCAUCUCACAAACUGAUGUGGUAGCUUGACAAUACAAUAUUUAUGUAGAAUGAUUAUUAUAUAAUUAUAUAUAUAUUACAUAAAACCAGACUUAAGUUAAGAAGAUUGUUGAAAAUUAUAUAAAUUAAAACAGGUAUUAAUUUAUUCAAAGACACCGUUUUGUGGAUAUAUUUAAAUUCAGUAUUUAUAUUUUAAUUGAUAAUUUUGUAUCAACUGUCAGCUGUAUAUGAUGACCAAUAUCUCGUUGAUAAUGCUUAUUUUGGCCAGUAAAUGAAAGUACUGUUACAGUAAACGUACAUAUUUUAGCAUUUUUUGCGCUGGAAGAAUUUCGCUAAAUUUUGAUUGCGCUAAUGAUCGUUUAUCUACAUUGUUUGUUUUAUGUGGCAAGCAUUGUCAAUGUGCUAAUUCAUCAUCUGCUUAAAUCUGGUUUUGCGCUAAAAAUUUAGUUCGCUAAAAUAUUUUCGUUUACAGUAAGCUGUAUAACUUAAAAUUAGAGGGUGGGGGGGAUCUUUCUUUGAUGAAAUCUAUACAGUAAAUGAAAGUUGUUUAUUUAUGAAUACAGCACAAAAUCAUGUACUUUUAGUCAGCAAUUAUGCUCAUUUGUGUAUACAUCCAUGAAUUGCCUACUGUGUACAACUUUAAAAUUGUAUACAUGCCUCGUGUAAUAAGUAAUGUACUUUAUGUUGUGUCAGUGUGGACAAUAAUGACCACAAAAAUCAUCAAUAAUCACACCUCCUUUAUCGAUCAUGAAACAAAUCUAUCGUUCAGAAAAUCAUUUAUACACAAAGUGUAGAUUCCAUUAUCAUUAAGUAAAGGUCGUGGCCUAAAACAUUUUUCAUUACUUCACUAUACAUGUAUACCAUUAUUCCUAUAUAGUGAUAAGUGCCAAAUUUCUGUCUACAAUGUUGAAGGGUUGUUCCCCAUUUAUGUAUGUGGCCUGUGAGAUUAUCAGUUCUGAAGCUGUCAUGUAUAGUGAUAUGUAGUUGUGAAGCCAUAUUAACUUGUAUGUAAUGUUUUGAUGGUGCCUAGUUCAGUGUCAACUUCAGCAAUUAUCAAAUUUGGACUCAACUUUAUCUUGAAUGAAAUGCAUGCUUUGCUGUUAUUACACCACCUUUACCUGUGUUUAUCCAGCACUAAGCCCAUGUCUGGUAAUUAGCCCAUGUCUGGUAAUAAGCCCAUGUCUGGUAAUUAGCCCAUGUCUGGUAAUAAGCCCAUGUCUGGUAAUAAGCCCAUGUCUGGUAAUUAGCCCAUGUCUGGUAAUAAGCCCAUGUCUGGUAAUUAGCCCAUGUCUGGUAAUAAGCCCAUGUCUGGUAAUUAGCCCAUGUCUGGUAAUAAGCCCUUGUCUGGUAAUAAGCCCAUGUCUGGUAAUUAGCCCAUGGAUGGUAAUUAGUCCAUGUCUGGUAAUUAGCCCAUGUCUGGUAAUAAGCCCAUGGAUGGUUAUAAGCCCAUGGAUGGUAAUUAGUCCAUGGAUGGUUAUAAACCCAUCCAUGUUUGCAACAGUUAAUUGGAAAUGUGAACAAAUACAAUUUCACUGUCCAGUGUCCAUUAAUCAGCCCUUCUCCUAAUUUGAGCAGAGAUUAUGUUGGCCCUCGGGCUUAUUGCCAGAUAUAUAUAACUUAAUAAUUAUGGGCAACUGGUAUAUUUCAAGUCAGCCAGAUAAUAAAGUUUAUCUCUUUCCAACAAUUGAAAUUUGAAAGACCAGCUGUUUCAAAACUACCUUCCUAAUUCAGAUAUUUCACCGUUUUCGUAAAUGAUAGAAGAAUGUAAUGAAGUAGCAUUGGUAUCUGAUUGAAAUCUGGAAAAUACUGGCAGUACUUCGGUAGACAGUACAGAUGGAGGUAAAGAAAAAUGAGCCAUCGCUUAUUGCAGUGCAAGUCUUGAAAUUAAAGGAUUGUACAGUUUGACUUCCAAUGUUGAUCAUUAUAUUAGUGAUAAUCUAUAUCAACGGAUGUCAUUAUCAGAUGGUGUGCACAGAGAGAAUGGAUGUCAUCAUCGGAUGGUGUGCACAUAGAGAAUGGAUGUCAUCAUCGGAUGGUGUGCACAUAGAGAAUGAAUGUCAUUAUCAGAUUGUGUGCACAUACAGAAUGGAUGUCAUUAUCGGAUGGUGUGCACAGAGAAUGGAUGUCAUUAUCGGAUGGUGUGCACAUAGAGAAUGAAUGUCAUUAUCGGAUGGUGUGCACAUACAGAAUGGAUGUCAUCAUCGGAUGGUGUGCACAUAGAGAAUGAAUGUCAUUAUCGGAUGGUGUGCACAUACAGAAUGGAUGUCAUCAUCGGAUGGUGUGCACAUACAGAAUGGAUGUCAUCAUAGGAUGGUGUGCACAGAGAAUGGAUGUCAUUAUCGGAUGGUGUGCACAUAGAGAGAAUGGAUGUCAUUAUCGGAUGGGGUGCACAUAGAGAGAAUGGAUGUCAUUAUCGGAUGGUGUGCACAUAGAGAGAAUGGAUGUCAUUAUCGGAAGGUGUGCCCAUAGAUUCAAUUUGUGUGUCUUAAACUUGUUAUUAUCUCACCACAAGAACUGAAUUGUAAAGACUUGUCGUCUAAUUUGUAAAUGCUUGUUGUAUAUGCAUAAUCAAUUAGUAAUGGAAGCGUUGGAAUAAAAAUCUAGAGCAGGGUAAAUGUAUGGUGAAAAUGUUGUAACAUAUCUACAGAUCUCCAGGAUUUAUUUGGUUUUUUUUUCAAAUUGGUUAACUCCUUGGUAAUCUCAUAUUUAGUUUUGAUGUCAGUCAUGUGAUAUUAAAAAAACUGAGAAAAUUUAAUUUCAAAAGAAAACUCUUUUUUUGCAAAAUUAACGGUAUAAUUAAUUGUAAUAUUUUUUUUCUUUUUUUUUUUGCUCUGGUUAUAAUGAUUUCUGCUAGUGAAUGUGAUUUUGCCGAUUUUUUCCCCUUUUUUUAUUGAAUAUUUUCCCUGAAAAAAUCAACUGUUUUAAAAUUAUGUUUUUUGGAAAUAAUCAAAUUGUUAAUUAUGAACAGAAUGGGAUCAACUUUGACUAUUAUAAGAAUAUCUGAAGUUGUUGUCUGAUGAUGAUAAAUGUGUCCUUUCAUUAACCAUUGUUGUAUAAAGAAGCAUUGAAAACACAUUUGUAAGUAUGUUUCUCAAAUUAUGUAAUUCGUAAUCAAAUUCCUGCUUAAUAUUGACUUUGUUAAACGUCAAUAUUGCAUGUAUACCUGCGUUCAAUUCUCGACAUGCAUGUUGUUUAUGGGUAAAUGUUGAUGAAAAUGUUGUGAAACCUUUGUUUUGAUUGUUAUACUUAGUGAGAAUGGGUAUUUAUACGUGUUCAUAUACGUAAAAGCAAGACCAGAAUCAGAUGUACAUACAAGUUUUAUCAUCACUUUGGCUAACUUGUGUCCCAUACAGCUGUGCUUGUAUGUUAGGCCUGGAUACUGACUUUUGCAAUCUUUGUACAAUACUGCUAACGGGUGACAUCUGUUCCAUAUUGUCUGGCUGCAUUUGAUCUUUAACAUUCCUUUGUAGCCAGCUGUAUUAAAUACAAAAUGAAUAUUUUUUCCAGA